AAUGAGUGGCUGGCAGGAAGAGGAAGUGACAGAUGCUGGCAGAAGAGAAAAGCCUGGCAUAGAGAACCACACGGUGGACAGAAAGAAAGACUAGAGAGCUGCCGGCAGGCCCAGAGAGCUGAGAGGCUUCACCAAAUGCAGACAUUUGUAUCAAGCUGCCACAGGGAAGCCAUAUACUGUGCCUGGAGAGACAGAGAGCAUGAAAGAAAUCCAGAUUGGAGAAACCAGCAUCAGCAGGGGAUUUCCAUCUGAGCAUCCAAAGGGCCUCUUGCCCUGGUCACCUGGGGCUCCACUCUGGAGAUGUCACAUAUAGAUCUCUGUGAAGUUAGAAACUGGCUAACGGCCAACAUGGACAGGACUAAAGAACAAGAAAUGGACAUGGAUGGUUUGUAUCAGGACUUGCUUGACCAGCCAUCGUCAGUGUUCUUUGAUAAAUAUGACAAGAAGCUUUGCCCCAAAGUUUGCUGCCAGGAGGAGAGAUUAACAUGGAGGUGACGAAGAAGAGGAGUCGGAAUUCGGAGGAGGAAGGACAAGGCAAGAAAAGGAGAUGGAGUGAUGGAGAUUUAGAAGAGAAGAAGAAAAGCCUGGUGAAAAAGAAAACCAGUGAAGAUGGGGGCAGUAAAAGGAGAAGGAGAGAAAGGGAGCUGGAAGAGAAGAAGAAAAGCCCUAAAGAAAGGAAGACCAGUGGAGAUAGGAGCAAUAACAGAAGGGGUGAUGGUGAUUUGGAAGACAAGAAGAAAAGCCUGGUGAAAAAGAAGACCAGUGAAGAUGGGGGCAGGAGGAGUGAAGGACAGAUAGAAGAGAGGAAAAGCUCCAUACAAAGGAAGAACUGUGGAGAUUGGAGCAAUAAUAGAAGGAGUGAAGGUGAGUUAGAAGAUCAGAAGAAAAGUCAAAUGAAAAAGAUCAGUGUAGAUGGGGGCAGUAAAAGGAGAAGGAGUGAAGGACAGGUAAAAGAAAAGGAGAAAAGCCCCAUGGAAAGGAAGACCAGUGAAGAUGGGAGAAAUAAAAGGAGAAGGAGUGGAGAUGAGUUGGAAGAAAAGAAGAAACACCCCAUGGAAAAGAAGACCCGUCAAGAUGGGAGCAAUAAAAGCAGAAGGAGUAAAUUAAAGGACAAGGAGAAAAGCCCCAUAGAGAAGAGUGAAAAGUUACAGUUAGAAGAAAAGAAAAGUCAGUUGGAAAAGACCAGUGAAGGAUUGAAUAAGUAUCAAAAAUCAAGAAGUCCAGAGGAUCCCUUAGAAGGUGGAAGCGCAGCGAAGAAACUCUGUGUGGAUAUCAGCAGACCUGUCCCCCUGGAUAUUAAGAACUACAGGUUUUAUUCAGAGCUGGGAAAAGGAGGCUUUGGCCGGGUGAUGUUGGCUUCGUUUACACCAAAGAAGCAACUGGUAGCAGUAAAGAUCAUGCAGAAAAGUCCAGACAAGAACAACUUCAACAUCAUGAUGAAGGAGGCCCGAGUGCUGUCGGUCGCUAGAGGAAGCACAUUUUUAUGCCAUUCCUACGCAGCUUUUCAAUCAGAGCUGGAAUCCUUCUUCGUCCUGGAGUAUGCCAGCGGGAAAUCUUUAAUGCAAAUGAUUCUUCGCAAAGGAAAUCUGCCAAUGGCAAGAAUCAUGUUCUACACAGCGGAGAUGGUGGUUGCUGUCCAGUUCCUGCACUCUAAGGGCAUCAUUCAUCGUGACCUGAAACCUGACAACGUGUUGGUGGACAGAUACGGCCAUAUCAAGAUCUGCGACUUUGGCCUCGCCGCAGAGAACAUCUUCGACCAGACAAGAACCAACGGAGUAAUAGGAACCCCUGGAUACCGCGCACCAGAGGUUCUAUCAAAGGCAGAGUAUAACGCAGGCGUGGAUUGGUGGUCUUUUGGGAUUACCAUGUACCAAAUGGCCACGGGCAGCUUGCCAUUUUCACCAUCAGGCAGUAUUUUAAGGCAAUUCUUUGCAAUAAAGAAGAAUACGCCUUAUUACCCAUAUUAUAUGAGCAAGGAAAUGCUGGACCUCCUGCCGAAGCUUUUGGAGAUGGAUGAGAAUCAGCGGAUCGGUGUCAACGGAAACAUCAGGGAGCACGCUUUCUACAGCACAGUGAAGUGGGAAGAGCUGGAGAACCGGAGAGUGAAAACCCCUUUCCAGCCAGGAAUGCCAUCAGCAGAUGACUUCACUGAAAUCCCGCUGUCAUUCUCCUCUCAAAUUCGGAACGAGGAAACCAACUUGGCAGAUUUCUCCCACGUGGAUCCCAGCUGGAGUUGGCAGGAGUAAGGCAUUGGUUCUAAUAUGGGA